UGUCUCAGUCGGCGGUUGUGGUGUUUGCCGUCAUCACUUUUUCUGGUCUUAUUUUUGGUCAAAGUCACAUGGCUGCUGUGCGAGUUUUCAGCUGUCGGACUAAAAUUAACCCUUAGGGCGACUGGCUGGAUGACUGACACACAGGGCCAUCUACGGUAUCAUCGGUGUGUGUUUCAUCCACAGCUGAGACAGGAAGAAACAAGCGGUGCUGCAGCGGAGGAAACGAGCCACGGUCACCAUGAUGCUCUCUCAGAUCACCCCCACCCUGUUCCUCAGCGGAGCUGAUGCCCCCCUCAACGCAGCGCUGGUGUCACAGAAAGGCAUCACCCUCAUCGUCAACGCCACGCUUAGCCAUGCCAGCCCCACCUACCCGGGGGUGGAGUGUGUUCGGGUUCCUGUCUCCGACCUGCCCAGUGCCCGCCUUGGGGACCACUUCGACCGGGUGGCUGAGCGUAUCCAUGGCAACCGAGCGGGCGGCACACUGGUGCACUGUGCCGCCGGGAUGAGCCGCUCGCCGGCGCUGGUGAUGGCGUACCUGAUGCGGUACAGAGGAGUGACUCUCCGCCAGGCACACCAUUGGGUGCAGGAGAGCCGGCCCUACGUCAGGCUGAACAUUGGCUUCUGGGACCAGCUGCUGCAGUAUGAGAGGAGGCUGUACGGCAAAAACACCGUCAGAGUGGCACCAGUCGAGGAGACGCCACCUCCACCACCACCACCACCAAGGAGACACAGGUUGACGAGGUUGGUGCCGUCACUGCAGCAGCAUGUGAGCCAUUUAACACUGAUACCCAGAUCGCCUGUGAUGUCACGAUCUCAAGGGACAGUGAUGUCACGAUCUCAAGGGACAGCCUAUGAUGUCACGAUCUCAAGGGACAGCUCGAUCGCCUAUGAUGUCACGAUCUCGGAUGAUGAUAGCGGAAAAUGA